GCACGCCUCUCACAUCGCUGCGCGUGUGUAUGUGCGCGUCUCAUAUUAAUAAAGGCUGUCCUCCUCCUCGCUGCAACUCGCUUGGUCGGCGAAACUCUCUUCUCGGGGGCGUCCGCUGGACGUGGAGCGGCAUCAGCGACGAUGGCAAACGAGACGAAGAGGAAGAAGAAGGACACAAAUAAGGACGAUAGGGUGACAUUGAAAAAGGAGAUUGGACUUUUGAGCGCGUGCGCUAUCAUCAUCGGCAACAUCAUCGGCUCGGGCAUCUUCGUGUCCCCCAAAGGCGUCUUGGAGCAUGCCGGCUCAGUGGGCUUGUCGCUCAUCGUGUGGGUGGGUGGAGGUGGGAUCUGCGUGCUGGGUUCCAUGUGCUACGCCGAGCUGGGUGUCACCAUCCCCAAAUCGGGAGGAGACUACUCAUAUGUGACGGAGAUCUUUGGCGGGCUUGUCGGCUUCCUGUUGCUAUGGAGCGCUGUUCUCAUCAUGUACCCAACCACGCUGGCUGUCAUCGCGCUCACCUUUGCCAACUACGUGCUGCAGCCCGCCUUCCCCAACUGCCUUCCGCCUUACGCCGCCACCCGGCUGCUGGCCACCAUCUGUGUCCUGUUCCUGACGUGGGUGAACUGCUCCAGUGUGCGCUGGGCCACGAGGAUCCAAGAUGUGUUCACGGUGGGGAAACUGCUGGCUCUGGUCCUCAUCAUCAUUGUGGGACUGGUUCAAAUCGGCCGAGGUUACUACGACGCUCUGGUGCCCAGCGCGGCCUUCGAGUUCCGUCAGGAACCGUCGGUCGGCCAGAUAGCGCUAGCCUUUCUGCAGGCGUCCUUCGCUUACAGUGGCUGGAACUUCCUCAACUACGUCACAGAGGAGGUGGUUGAUCCACGCAAGAACCUCCCCCGUGCUAUUUACAUCUCCAUCCCGUUGGUGACGCUGGUGUACACCAUGACCAAUAUCGCCUACUUCUCCUCCAUGACCCCUGAGGAGCUGCUGGAAUCCAAUGCUGUGGCAGUGACUUUUGGUGAAAAGCUGCUGGGCAUGUUCUCUUGGGUGAUGCCCAUUUCCGUGGCCCUGUCCACCUUUGGGGGCAUCAACGGUUACCUCUUUACCUCCUCCAGGUUAUGUUUCUCAGGGGCAAGGGAGGGUCAUCUGCCUUACUUGCUGGCCAUGAUCCAUUUAAAGAACUGCACACCCAUUCCUGCCCUGCUGGUCUGCUGCUUCGCCACCAUCGUCAUCCUGUGCAUCGGUGAGACGCACAACCUGAUCAACUAUGUGUCCUUUAUCAAUUACCUGUCGUACGGCGUCACCAUCGCUGGCCUGCUCUAUCUCCGCAAGAAGAAGCCGGACCUGAUGCGACCAAUCAAGGUGAACCUGCUGAUCCCCAUCACUUACAUGCUGUUCUGGGUGGUGCUGCUGUGCUUCAGCCUUUACUCUGAGCCGGUGGUGUGCGGCCUGGGCAUGGUCAUCGUGCUAACCGGCGUGCCGGUCUACUUUGCCGGUGUCUGGUGGAAGAACAAACCUAAAUGGGUUUACAAAGUCACAGAGAAACUCACCUACAUGGGCCAGAAGGCGUGCUACGUGAUGUUCCCUCAGGAGGACCCAGCUGAGGCCAAACUCACUUCAUCCAAAGACACAGACUGAGCCUUUGUCGCCCCCUAACGGACAAAUCUACACAUACACUCCUUUUGUUGAAAUGUGAUUUCAUAGACACACGGGACACACAAACAAACACACUCAGGAAAGACGCAGAAAUAAUAUACAGUGCUUCACUUUAUCCACAUUUUAUAUGACAACCUUCUUCCAAAUGGGAUAAAUGUAUAUUUUUCCUGAAAAUUCCACAUACACAACACGCUAUAAUGACAUGACCAAUUCUCUUUGCGGGUUUAAUUGUCUAAAUUUAUUCAUGUCAUUAUGGGAUGUUGUGUGAAGGAUGUUGAGAUGAGAAAAAAUGCAUAUCGAACAGAAAAUGUCUUAAAGGUGAAGUGACAUUUUGGUGUGUGCACACACGCACCACAGACUUAUAUAUGAAUGGACUAUUAAUUGAGGCCAGCCAUCUUACAUUACUGAUAACUUUGGGUACUUUUUCAUUGAAAGCAUUGUCAUGAGUACGUUUUACAUUAAGACACCUGCACGGAGUCACAAGAGCCUCUCAAAGAAUGAAGUUGACUGUUUGCAUCAACAAUUCGCACUUGAUCUCAAUAUCGUGAAUUAUUGUUGAGGUUUCUGACAUGUUGCAGACAAAUCUUCGAGUAGCUCUCUGUGAUAUAUCUUAUGAAAGGACAUUUAGAACGUCAUGGAGACUAGGCUAGUUCAACGUAAGAUGGCCGCCAGUGGCUUCCCUUCUUGUACGAAGACCAAACAUCGAAGGAACGCACAUUUUGUGGUGAGGUGCCACCCACAAGUGAAAACAUUGACAGUCUUGGGUUCUAAAGUGUUUGCAACAGGACUUGAACACAAGCACCUGUGGACCUCAAGUCUUUGCCACGUCCAACGCUUCCUAUUUAUCUGACGCACAAUGGCACCCUCUAGAGGAUUGGGGUGCUUACUGUCAUUUUAAAAAUACUCUUCUACGGCCUUUUCUUGUCCACACUAAAAUGGAUUUCAACUCAUAGGAAACCAAUUUAAGAACUAGUGAAGGCUUUUCAUUAAACAUUAUGAAUUGCAUUUUAAAUGCAGAGACCCUUUUGUCUUGUCAACUUUUGAAUUUUCAAUGUUUUAUGAAGGACUAACUACACUUCAGUUUUCCACACCCAAUGUGCCUUUUCUGUGAACUGACUUUCAUGAUGCUUUCCAUUGGUUGAAAAUGAGGCGUCACAGCUGCUAAUGUUGGGGAGAAUCAUUUUCUAACUUUUUUUUUUUUUUAUCUCAAAAUAGUGGUGGGGAAAAUAUUUUCACCCAUUCAUAUCUGGUUGACUUCCAAUAUCUUGUGAGUGCUUCUCAAUUAUUUUUCGUUAUGCUCCCCCAAGACAUUUCACGCCUUUCCCCCAACUCUCUUCAGUGACUAUAAAUAUGACUAUAAAAAUAUAAGUACAUCUCUGUAUAACAUUGUAUGCUAAUUAACUCUCCCGACUAUUUGAGAAGUAUUGGCGUACGUAUGUGAAUGUGCCUUCGUGACGAACAUUUGUUUAGUGUUUGUGUAUUCUCAUAUUUUUGCGUCAUAUUUUUCUUGAUGCCAGGGGAAUAAAACUAAAUGGAUUUUGUUGUUUUAAUGUUGCUGAUUGUCCGAUCAACAAACAAAAUGGUGCACCUCCCUCUGUAUUUAUAUGUUAAAUGCAUAUUAGUCGCUAUUGUACUGCCACUACUUUGUGCUCAGCUAUGUCAUUUCCUGGUUUGUUUUAGAGUAAUAAGAUUAAUAAUAAUAAUUGUAACCCAAAGAUACAUUUUCUACUCUUUUAUGCAAACUGUGUUAUAAUAUGGACUGUUCCAAUACAGUACACAUAUCACUG